GAAGUCCUUUCCUAUUUUUUGUGUUCAUUUAAUAUUUUUCAGUGACGUCCUUCUUUCUGAAUCCAUCCGACCUCUUCGUCCUAUUUUAGCUCGCGGACGGGAUGCGGGGGGAGGGAGGUGAUGAGGUUAACACUUUUUCGCUUAAACCCUUUUGACUGACGGUAAAUUGACACCAGUAAACAAGGCGCUUGCUGCUCCUAAACAACCAAUCACUGUAUGAUGACGUUUUGCCAUCAACCAAUGAGAGCAAAGAUCCGUUAAAAUUGAAUGCUCGGCCGCCCAAUCGGAGGGCUUCGCGCCUUCUUGUCAGUAGUGGGUUUUACCCAGAGAGGGAGGGAGAUCGAGCUCUACGUCAAAUCUUUGAAACUGUUCUUUUAACACAUUCAAAGCCAGUUUAUUUUUAUUUUGUAAUCCUCCGCGGGAUUUGUUUUGAAUUUAACUUUUUGGAAUUAAUCCAGGAAAACAGGAUGCCCACUGCCAGGUUCCAGGAAGGGGACAAAGUGAUGGGCCGCUGGCCCGGUAGCUCGCUGUACUACGAGGUUCAAGUGCUGAGCUUUGACGCCGCCAGCCGGCUGUACACUGUCAUCUACAAGGACAAGACGGAGCUGGAGCUCAAGGAGCAGGACGUCAUGAAUAUCUCGUCUUUCCAGAACCGCACUCGCUCCCGUUCUCGGUCGCCGGGACGCCGUCGCAGCCGCUCGCGCUCUCCUGCGAGGACCACUCGCCGUUCAUCCUCUCGUUCAGCGGUAGCAGAGAAGCCCCCCCCCUCUGACAGGGAUGCAAAGGUGAAAGACGGCAUGGAGGGCAGCCUCAGCCCGCCGCUAAACAAAGGAGACCAGAACAGCAACAAGACACAGGACAAAGACAACAACGCCGACAGCAAGCGUCCUGUUUCUCUGUCCUUGCUUCAGAGGGCAGAGGCGGAGCCUGACAGGAGCCAAAGCCGUUAUAACCUGCGCCGCAGGAGGGAGGACGCAGCCCCCGAGGCCAGACUUCAACAGCCGCAGGAGAAAAGGUCUGAGGAGGGUCCUGCAGCUCCGGUUCCCGUCCCGCCGGACUACCGAGGAAAGAUGGGUUCCGUGUUCUGGCUGCUGUUCCUGCCUGUUUGGGUUCUGUUUGUCCUCCUUCAAGCUGGACUGAAGGACCCCAGCCUGACUAACUUCCCCCCGCCUCUGCCCCCCCUGGAGAGCUUGUGGGACCCGCAGGCUGUGGGCUUGGUCUUCCUGUGGAUCUUGUUCCAGGCUCUGCUCUACGUUUUACCUGUUGGAAAGCUGAGUGAAGGCGUGCCGCUGCGGUCCGGACAGAGGCUGAAGUACAGAACCAACGGCUUCUUCGCCACCGCCGCCUCAGCUGCAGCGGUGGCGGCAGCAGUGUACCUGGGCGCUGACCUCACCUACAUCCACAGCCACUUUCUGCAGCUGGCCGCCGCCUCCUUCCUGUUGUCCGUGCUGCUGGGCCUCUUCCUGUACGUGCGUUCUGGCCAUGCUGCCCCUGAGGAGCUGGCGGUGGGGGGAAACUCAGGAAAUGUGGUCUGCGACUUCUCCAAGGGCCGUGAGCUCAACCCUCGCAUCAGAAACCUGGACCUGAAGUUCUUCUGUGAGAUGCGUCCCGGACUCAUCGGAUGGUGUUUGAUCAACCUUGCCCUGGCGCUGACUGAGAUGAAGCAGCAGGGCCUGCAGGCUCCAUCGUAUCCCAUGAUCCUAGUCACCUUGUUCCAGCUGCUGUACGUUCUGGACAGUCUGUGGAACGAGGAGGCCGUCCUCACCUCCAUGGAUCUGCUACAUGAAGGCUUUGGCUUCAUGCUGGCCUUUGGGGACCUUGUGUGGGUCCCCUUCACCUACAGCCUGCAGGCGUUUUACCUGGUGGAGCACCCCUCCCCCCUGAACAUCCCAGUGCUGGCAGCCAGUGUGGCGCUCCAGCUGGUUGGAUAUUACAUCUUCAGAAAGUCCAACUCUGAGAAGAACCGUUUCAGGAGAGACCCGUCCGACCCCAGACUGUCUCAUCUAAAGAGCAUCCCCACCGCUACAGGGAGGAGUCUGCUGGUGUCGGGCUGGUGGGGCAUGGUGCGACACCCCAAUUACCUGGGUGACCUGAUGAUGGCGCUGGCGUGGUCCCUGCCCUGUGGCUUCAGCCACCUGCUGCCGUGGCACUACCUGAUCCACUUCAUGGUCCUGCUGGUGCACCGAGACUCUCGCAUCACCACCGUCUGCAGGAGGACGUACGGUUCCGCCUGGGACGAGUACUGCCGGACCGUCCCGUACCGGAUCGUCCCCUACCUCUACUGAGGAGCCCCCCCAUCCCAUGAGGCUUGGCGUGGAACAUCAUCGGAUCCACGCGAAUAUUUCAGCUUCUUCCAAAUCCUCAUUUUUAAUUGAAUUUUUAAGAUUUCUGUUCAAAGAUGAAUCUAUUUUUGAAGUUUUUUUUAAUUGAAAAGACUUUUCAAAGUGUUUAGUGAAGAAGACAGACUGCUGUAUAUUUCUGUACAUACUAAUUCAUUUUUGUACUUCAGUAGUACCACAGCUUUGGAACUUCUGCACUUCUUUAGAAAAUCAGGCAACCAGCUGGUGUUUAUGAUGAAGGAGGCUGCCUCCACCUCUUCACAGGGGGGGCUGCAGAUUCUCAUAUUUUGGGGUUUUCCAGCAUUUCAGGGCCGUCUCAUCCCACAGGCUCACUCACUGUCCGGCUCCUCGGCGCCCCUGGUGGAAGGAAGGGGUUACUCUGAAAUGUAUUAACCCAGAGUUCCUAUGCCCCCCCCCCCCCCCCCCCCCCCCCGUGUUUCAGGUAUAGAGAGCUGCUGAUAUUGACUGACGAUGUAAAUACUUUCAGACUGAAGCUUUGACGUCUCCGUAGACGUUUCCUGUUUUUAAGUUAAAUUUGUGAGCACUGAGCCCGUUUACAGAGAUCUGUGGGUCCUGACCCGCCUUAAGAGCUGGAGGAUCCGGUGCCGCCACUUGUUCUGACGGUGCUAGCGGGUCCGGUGGGUCCAGAUCAGGACAGCAGGUUUUUAAAGCAUCUAUGUAUAAAUGUUGCAGCACCAAAUAAAAAAGCUUUAUUUUCA